AUGGGCUUCGCAGCAGCUGAUGACGGUCAAGAAAUUUUUUUUCGGACUCAUGGAACAAACGGCCCUCUCCUAGUCUUCAUUUCCGGCUACUUCGGUGUCGACAACAUUUGGCAGCCUUUGAUCGCAAAGCUAUCCCUGCAGUACCGCUGUAUUUCCUACGACAACCGGGGUUAUGGGCGUUCCUCCAAGCCAGUAUCCUCGGACAGUUAUUCUGUCACGCGCCAUGCUGCUGAUCUGCGCACUGUUCUCGACGCCUGCAAUAUCACCGAACGCGUUGUAUUUGUAACCCACUCUACGGGCUGCAAUAUCGCUGCGGCAUACUACAUCGCUUAUCCGGAUAGUGUCAGUGGAAUGAUCAACUCAGCAGUAUAUUAUGACGGACAUCGUAUUCAAAAGUUUGUCCCCGAGGAGGCGUUUUCCUCUGGCGCUGACAUAUCAAGCAAAUGUGUUGCAUUCUACGCCAACAUGGGUCUGGAUGAAGAGACAGCCCUGGAAGCGGCCAAGUGGCCCGCUCUUGGUCGUCGAAACAACGCCUAUGCACUCAUGAGCUUCACAAUGGAGAAUAAGUAUCCUCUGAUCAACGUCCCUGCUUUGGUGGUAUUGGGACAGGAUGAUCCAGCUACCCCAGAAGAGUUGGUGACGCCAAUUGUGCAGGAGAUGCCGACUUGCAAACUGGAAGUUCUUAAGGGCGUUCAGCAUUUUCCGCCUACUGAGGCUCCGGUAGAGAUGGAACGUCUGAUCUGA